GUCAUGUGACUGGGGACUGUAGUAAGACAGGUGCCUUCAGUUCACUCUCAGUAAGGGGCUGGUUGCCUGCAUGAGUGUGUGCUCGGUGUCACUGUGGAUUGGAGUUGAAAAAGCUUGACUGGCGUCAUUCAGGAGCUGGAUGGCGUGGGACAUGUGCAGCCAGGACUCUGUAUGGAGUGACAUCGAGUGUGCUGCUCUGGUUGGUGAAGACCAGCCUCUUUGCCCAGAUCUUCCUGAGCUUGAUCUUUCUGAACUAGAUGUGAACGACUUGGACACAGACAGCUUUCUGGGUGGACUCAAGUGGUGCAGCGACCAAUCAGAAAUUAUAUCCAACCAGUACAGCAAUGAGCCUGCAAACAUAUUUGAGAAGAUAGAUGAAGAAAAUGAGGCAAACUUGCUUGCAGUCCUCACAGAGACACUAGACAGUCUCCCUGUGGAUGAAGACGGAUUGCCCUCAUUUGAUGCACUGACAGAUGGAGACGUGACCACUGACAACGAGGCCAGUCCUUCCUCCAUGCCUGACGGCACCCCUCCACCUCAGGAGGCAGAAGAGCCGUCUCUACUUAAGAAGCUCCUGCUGGCACCGGCCAACACUCAGCUGAGUUAUAAUGAAUGCAGUGGCCUCAGUACCCAGAAUCAUGCAAACCACAAUCACAGGAUCAGAACAAGCCCUGCAGUUGUUAAGACCGAGAAUUCAUGGAGCAAUAAAGCGAAGAGCAUUUGUCAACAGCAAAAGCCACAAAGACGUCCAUGCUCGGAGCUUCUCAAGUAUCUGACCACAAACGAUGACCCUCCUCACACCAAACCCACAGAGAACAGGAACAGCAGCAGAGACAAAUGCACCUCCAAAAAGAAGUCCCACACACAAUCGCAGUCGCAACAUGUACAAGCCAAACCAACAACUUUAUCUCUUCCUUUGACCCCAGAGUCACCAAAUGACCCCAAGGGUUCCCCAUUUGAGAACAAGACUAUUGAACGAACCUUAAGUGUGGAACUCUCUGGAACUGCAGGCCUCACUCCACCCACAACUCCUCCUCAUAAAGCCAACCAAGAUAACCCUUUCAGGGCUUCUCCAAAGCCGAAGUCCUCCUGCAAGACCGUGGUGCCACCGCCAUCAAAGAAGGCCCGGUACAGCGAGUCUUCUGGUACCCAAGGCAAUAACUCUACCAAAAACGGGCCUGAGCAGUCUGAGUUGUACGCGCAGCUCAGUAAGUCCUCAGUGCCCAGCAGUGGACACGAGGAAAGGAAGGCCAAACGGCCCAGCCCACGCCUGUUUGGUGACCAUGACUAUUGCCAGUCAAUUAAUUCCAAAACGGAAAUACUUAUUCACGUGUCACAGGAGCUCCCAGACUCUAGACAACUAGACUAUAAAGAUGCCUCCUCUGCCUGGCAGGGGCAGAUUUGUUCUUCCACAGACUCAGACCAGCUCUACCUGAGAGAGACGCUGGAGGCCAGCAAGCAGGUCUCUCCUUGCGGCACCAGAAAACAGCUCCAAGACCAGGAGAUCCGAGCCGAGCUGAACAAGCACUUCGGUCAUCCCAGUCAAGCUGUUUUUGACGACGAAGCAGACAAGACCAGUGAACUGAGGGACAGUGAUUUCAGUAAUGAACAAUUCUCCAAACUACCUAUGUUUAUAAAUUCAGGACUAGCCAUGGAUGGCCUGUUCGAUGACAGCGAAGAUGAAAGUGAUAAACUGAGCUGCCCUUGGGAUGGCACGCAAUCCUAUUCAUUGUUCGACGUGUCGCCUUCUUGCUCUUCUUUUAACUCUCCGUGUAGAGAUUCUGUGUCACCACCCAAAUCCUUAUUUUCUCAAAGACCCCAAAGGAUGCGCUCUCGUUCAAGGUCCUUUUCUCGACACAGGUCGUGUUCCCGAUCACCAUAUUCCAGGUCAAGAUCAAGGUCCCCAGGCAGUCGAUCCUCCUCAAGGUCCUGCUACUACUAUGAGUCAAGCCACUACAGACACCGCACGCACCGAAAUUCUCCCUUAUAUGUGAGAUCACGUUCAAGAUCGCCCUACAGCCGGCGGCCCAGGUAUGACAGCUAUGAGGCGUAUCAGCACGAAAGGCUGAAGAGGGAAGAACACCGCAAAGAGUACGAGAAGCGGGAAUCCGAAAGGGCCAAGCAGAGAGAGAGGCAGAGGCAGAAGGCAAUUGAAGAGCGCCGCGUGAUUUAUGUUGGUAAAAUCAGACCUGACACUACCCGGACAGAACUGAGGGACCGCUUUGAAGUUUUUGGUGAAAUUGAGGAGUGCACAGUAAAUCUGCGGGAUGAUGGAGACAGCUAUGGUUUCAUUACCUACCGCUACACCUGUGAUGCUUUUGCUGCUCUUGAAAAUGGAUAUACUUUGCGCAGGUCGAACGAAACUGACUUCCAGCUGUACUUUUGUGGACGCAAGCAAUUUUUCAAGUCUAACUAUGCAGACCUAGAUUCAAACUCAGAUGACUUUGACCCUGCUUCCACCAAGAGCAAGUAUGACUCUCUGGAUUUUGAUAGUUUACUGAAAGAAGCUCAGAGAAGCUUGCGCAGGUAACAUGUUACCUGGCUGAGGACGACAGAGAUGGUGAAUACCUCACGGGACAGCGCGCCCUUCCCUAACAGACUAUUGCAAGUCAUACUUAUGAAUUUCUCCUCCUUUACACUCUCUGUACAAAAACAAAACCACAAAACAACAACAAUACAACAAGAACAAGAACAACCACAACAACAAUGGUUUACAUGAGCAGAGCUGCUGAAGAAGCAAGAGACAGAGUGAUAUCCAGUAAGCACAAGUUUAUUUAUGGGUGUCAGCUUUGCUUUCCCCGGAGUCUCUUGGUGACUGUGUGUGUGUGUGUGUGUGUGUGUUCAUGUGCGUGCGUGCGUGCAUGCAUGUGUAUGGGUACGUGUGCACAUGUGCACGCUUGGUUUGGGGGAAGUGUGUGUGUGUGUGUGUGUGUGUGUGUGUGCACCUGUGAGGACUAGGGGCACCUGACCAGAACGUGCAAGGGCAGACCACUUCAAAUGGCAGCAGUUCCAUGAAGACACACUUAAAACCUAGAACUUCAAAAUGUUCACAAUCUAUUCAAAAGGAAAAAAGUAUAUAUAUAUACAUAUAAACAUAUAAAU